AAGUAAUAGGCGCACGCCGACGAUUUCUGCCAUCUUGCAAUUUCGUAGCUAUGGUACAAUUCCCGGUAAAAUAGCAUAGAUUGCGCAUACCGUAGCAGCGGCAAAAUUUGCGCGUAUCAUUUGUGCCGCAACUCUUGAACAGGGAAUAGAUGCAAGAGUCAUGCUGGCAAAUUUUCAGCGCGAGUAUAACAUCAAUAAGAUAUUGUUGUCCAGCAUUGGCCUGUGGCCGUAUCAGAAUAAGCUCAUAAGAUACCUGAUUCUGAUUCCUUGUUUUGCGAGCGAAGUAUCUUACGUUCUGUUAGAGAUAUUAACGCUGUUCGAUUAUUGGGAAGAUAUGGAUAUUGUUUUCGAAGUUUGCUAUCAAUGUGUCGCAACAAGCGCCAUAAUCGGACAAAUAUUCAACGUGUUUUGGCAGCGUGAAAAGAUCAAACGUAUGUACAAAGCCAUAGACAAUCAUUGGAAUAUAUUUACUAGUAAAUUGGAAGUUCAAACUCUCAAAGAUUACUCUAAUAUCACGCGAAAAUUAACAUUUGCUUACACCGUGAUGAUAUAUAGCAUGACAAUAAUAUUUAUAUUAGCUCCAUUAACACCAGUUUUCCUCGAUAUGAUACAUCCACUUAACGAAUCGCGAUCGCGAUUAUUCCCAUUGACUGCAAAAUUUAGAAUAGACGAUGAGAAAUAUUACACACAGCUUUACUGCUACAUUGUCAGUAUGAUUGUGUUCAGCAUUCUCGGUUUGGCUGCUAGUAAUUCAACGUUUCUUAUCUGUAUCAUUCACGCUUGCAGUUUAUUCUCAAUUAUUAGUCAACAAUUCGAAGAGGUAAUAAAAAAACUGCAUGCCAAUAAAAAUAUUAGGAAAUUCGGUUGCCGCAUGAAGACGAAGUUAGAAUUUGAGAAUGAGCAAAUAAUAUACCAGAGAUACAUUAUAUGCUUAAAAAAGUAUCAGCUUGCUUUAGAAUUUGUCGAUAUGCUGAAUUCAGCGUAUAAAAUUAUUUCAUUAAUUACAUUACUAUUGAACGGCGCAGUUGUAACUUUUAUUGGAAUAAUAAUCAUAAAUGUAUUAGAUCGAGUGCGAGAAGUUAUGAGAUACACUUUCGUGGCGAUAGGUAUCUUAAUACAACUCUUGAUGUUGUGUUAUUCUGGCCAAAAGUUAAGAGACGAAAGUCAGAAUGUAUUCUACCGAGCUUAUGCUGCGGAAUGGUACAAAUGCUCACCGAGACUAAAAUCUUUGUUAAUUGUCACUCUUUAUAGAAGUGUUGCACCGUGUAGUUUGACAGCAGGCAACAUGAUUCCGUUGUCAAUAGAGACUUAUGGUUUUGUAGUACGGACGGCUGGAUCUUACUUCAUGACAUUCUUAUCACUCAAAAUGUAGUUAUUUCCUGGUUACCAGGGAUUAUGUUAUAUUAAGUAUAUUUUAUAAAGCUAUCUUAUUAGAUAGUAAUGGUUCGUAUCACAAAAGUAUGAAAUUAACCGCUGAUCGUCGUUAUUGAAACAUAAAAGUCACCUUAAAAUCAAUACUGCACUUGCGUACCUUAACAGUCAAAUUUCACGCUAAAAAUUUUAAAUAGAAGGAAAUUAAAUGAUCAAUCAAAUAUACUUUACCUGAGUAUUGACUUUGUAUUUUAACAGCUUCU